AUGAAAGCGCUCAACAAGCACAUUUUGAGGAGCAGAGCAACAGCAGUUUCAAGCUUACCUACACAAUUGAUACGCCCUUUCGACGCCCAUACAAUUGUAACAUCUCUCCCUUCAACCCACGUUCGCCGCCUCACAACUUCAAUACCAAGAAGAAAAGAUCGUGCACCUGACGAUGGGCCCGAUCCUAUACCUGUCAGAAAAGAGGACAAGAACCAGCCAGAAGAACAGAAGGGAACAGAUCAGGCAGAGGGCAAUGUUGAAGAAUCGUCGGAAGCAAGGAAAGGACAAGAAUCUUCCGGCACGUCUAGCACGACUCUUAGUGAUGCAAAAGGCAGCGGCGGUGCGGGGAGUGGUGGUGAAUCUGGCUCUGGGGGCGGAGAUGGUAGCAAACCAGGUGGAAAGAAGACAUCUACAGAGCGAGCAAUCCAGAAACCCAGCGUUCCAGAUAUUUAUCCCCAAGUGAUGGCUAUACCCAUAGCCCAAAGGCCAUUGUUUCCAGGAUUCUACAAAGCUCUUACUGUCCGAGACCGGAAUGUUGCAGCUGCUAUCCAAGAGGCAUUUCGGCGGGGGCAGCCAUACGUUGGUGUUUUUUUGUCCAAGGACGAGACUGCAGACAAGGACAUAAUAGAGAAUAGGGAAGAUGUACACGACAUCGGAGUCUUUGCACAAAUUACCAGUGCGUUCCCUGUUAAUGGAGAGACCGACAGUCUUACGGUCGUCCUCUAUCCUCACCGGAGAAUCAGGAUGUCAAAGUUGAUUCCCCCAAGGCCUGCGAGCGUGCCGGCUGGUCCUGUGGCCAUAGACCUAAAGGAAGUCAAGCACCCAUCGUCGAAGGAGCAAGGCUCGUCGGAGAAAUCAGGCGAUGUGGUUGCGAGUUUUGAGGAAUCGAGUACACCUCCACAGUCUAAAGAAGUCCAGCCAUAUGAGCCGACGUCUUUCCUCCGUGAUUAUCGCGUCAGCAUGGUCGAUGUUGAUAACAUACCGGAACAGAAGUAUGAUGCGAAAAGCCCUGUAUUGAGAGCUGUGACCAGCGAGAUUGUCAGUGUGUUUAGGGAGGUGGCGCAACUCAACCACCUCUUCAGGGAUCAGAUCUCCACAUUUGCCUUGACUCAAUCUGCCGGGAACGUUCACGAGGAUCCAGCGAAGUUGGCGGACUUUGCUGGAGCGGUGUCGACGGGCGAAGUCCGAGAACUACAAGACGUGCUGGAGACCAUGAAUAUUGAGGAGCGGCUGCAGAAAGCUUUGAUGGUAUUGAAAAAGGAGUUGAUGAACGCGCAACUCCAAAGCAAGAUCUCGAAAGAUGUAGAGAACAAGAUACAGAAGCGGCAAAGAGAGUAUUGGCUUAUGGAGCAAAUGAAAGGAAUUCGUCGAGAGCUGGGCAUCGAAUCAGAUGGCAAAGAGAAAAUGGUCGAGAAAUUCAGAGAGAAGGGCAGUAAGCUGGCAAUGCCAGAAGCAGUCAAGAAAGUUUUUGAUGAAGAGUUGAGCAAGCUGGCUCAUCUUGAACCCGCGGCAUCAGAGUUUAAUGUCACUAGAAACUAUCUGGACUGGCUGACCCAGAUACCUUGGGGCCAACAGAGCGCCGAAAACUUUGGUAUCAAGAACGCGAUGACGGUACUGGAUGAGGAUCAUCAUGGAUUAAAGGACGUAAAGGACCGUAUUCUCGAAUUCAUUGCCGUAGGCAAGCUCAAAGGUACCGUCGAAGGCAAGAUUUUAUGCCUCGUUGGGCCUCCGGGAGUUGGGAAAACCAGUGUGGGAAAGUCAAUUGCUCGAGCGCUGAAUCGGCAAUACUACCGAUUCAGUGUUGGAGGUCUCACAGACGUCGCUGAAAUCAAGGGUCAUCGACGGACAUAUGUCGGCGCGCUCCCAGGUCGCAUCAUUCAAGCACUCAAGAAAUGUCAAACAGAAAACCCUCUGAUUCUUAUUGACGAGGUUGAUAAGAUUGGCAGAGAUCAUCGAGGCGAUCCUUCUUCUGCUCUACUUGAGCUACUGGAUCCAGAGCAGAACAACUCUUUCCUCGACCACUACAUGGACGUCCCUGUCGAUCUCUCCAAAGUCCUCUUUGUGUGUACUGCUAAUAUGACGGACACGAUACCACGACCGCUGCUCGACAGGAUGGAGCUGAUCGAAUUGUCCGGGUACGUCGCUGACGAGAAGAUGGCGAUCGCAGAAAGGUUCUUGGCUCCAGCUGCCAAAGACUUGAGCGGUCUCAAGGACGUGGAUGUAGCGUUGAACAAAGACGCCAUCGAGGAGCUUAUCAACAAGUAUUGCCGCGAAAGUGGAGUACGCAAUCUGAAGAAGCAGAUUGAGAAGGUCUAUCGCAAGUCAGCGCUAAACAUCAUCCAAGACCUUGGUGAGGAUGUCUUCUCAGAAGACAAGGGAUUGACAGAAGAAGGCAAAGCUGCCCAAGCAGAGUCGAAGAAGGAUGAAUCUGACGUCAAAGAGACCCCGGGGGCCAUCGAGAAAGAGACAACUCCUACACCUCGGAAGCAGAUGAAGGUACCAGACGGUGUCCACGUGAGCAUUGACCGCCAGAAUCUCAAGGACUACGUUGGUCCUCCUGUCUUCACAUCCGAUCGGCUCUACGAAACAACGCCGUCAGGUGUGGCAAUGGGGCUCGCUUGGACUAGUAUGGGCGGUGCCGCCUUGUACGUUGAAUCAAUCCUGGAGAAUGCCCUAAAUGCUGCGUCACGACCGGGUCUAGAGCGAACGGGAAAUCUGAAGAACGUCAUGAAGGAGUCUACGGUCAUUGCCUACUCGUUCGCCAAAUCUGUGCUGGCGAGGCUGUUUCCAGAGAACAAAUUCUUCGAGAAAGCCAAAGUUCAUUUACACUGCCCCGAAGGCGCUGUCCAGAAAGACGGGCCGUCUGCUGGUAUCACGAUGGCGACAUCGCUGCUAUCGCUCGCAUUGGACAAGCCGCUGGACCCUACGAUAGCAAUGACCGGCGAAUUGACCGUUACAGGCAAGGUUUUGCGUAUUGGAGGGUUGCGAGAGAAAACAGUGGCCGCUCGACGCGCUGGGGCGAAGACGAUCAUCUUCCCCGCCGACAAUACGUCCGACUGGCUGGAGUUGCCUCAGAACAUCAAAGAAGGUAUCGAAGGCCACGCCGCUAGUUGGUACGCCGACGUUUUUGACCUUGUCUUCCCCAAUCUCGACUCCAAGAGAGCCAACGACAUUUGGAAAGAGCAAUUAGCCAAGCCGCAAAAGGAGAGCAAGAAGCCAGAGGAGGAUGAGUAA